UCCGAGAGUACUGAAGGCUUUGCGAAGGAACCGGAUCCCACCUGAACUUUCGCGGCAUUGUGGGAGAACCGGCGGCGUGGAGUAGAGGAGAUAGAGCCGCGCGAGCAGCUGUUGGCUGAAGAAACUUAAGAGUGACAAGGAACAAUGACGGAACGGAAGGGGACAGCUAAAGUGGACUUCUUGAAGAAAAUUGAAAAAGAAAUCCAACAGAAGUGGCAUGAUGAGGGAGCGUUUGCGGUUAACGCAGCAGAUGCUGCAAACCACAAAAGCAGUGGGAAGUUCUUUGUCACCUUUCCAUAUCCAUACAUGAAUGGCCGGCUUCAUCUAGGACACACAUUUUCUUUAUCAAAAUGUGAGUUUUCAGUUGGGUACCAGAAACUAAAAGGAAAAUGCUGCCUAUUCCCUUUUGGACUACAUUGUACUGGCAUGCCCAUUAAGGCAUGUGCAGAUAAGUUGAAAAGAGAAAUGGAGCUGUAUGGCUCUCCACCAGAAUUCCCUGAUGAAGAGGAGGAGGAGGAGGAGGAAGUGCCAAAGGGGGAAGAAGUGGUCAUCAAAGACAAGGCUAAAGGCAAAAAGAGUAAGGCUGCUGCCAAGACUGGUGCUUCAAAAUAUCAGUGGGGAAUCAUGAUAUCUUUAGGCCUCUCUGAUGAAGAAAUAAUGAAAUUUUCAGAGGCUGAACAUUGGCUUGAUUAUUUCCCACCUCUGGCCAUUCAAGAUUUAAAACGCAUGGGACUGAAGGUAGACUGGAGACGUUCCUUCAUCACCACUGAUGUCAAUCCCUAUUAUGAUUCUUUUGUACGGUGGCAAUUUCUAACCCUGAGGGAAAGAAAUAAAAUUAAAUUUGGUAAACGAUAUACUAUUUAUUCUCCAAAAGAUGGACAGCCAUGCAUGGAUCAUGACAGGCAAACAGGGGAGGGUGUUGGACCUCAAGAAUACACGCUAAUCAAAAUGAAGGUGUUAGAACCUUUUCCUAUGAAAUUAAGUGGCCUUAAAGGAAAGAAUAUCUUCUUAGUAGCUGCUACUCUGAGACCGGAGACUAUGUUUGGGCAGACUAAUUGUUGGAUUCGCCCUGAUAUGAAAUACAUUGGCUUUGAGACCCUGAAUGGGGAUAUUUUUAUUUGCACUCAGAGGGCUGCCAGGAAUAUGUCCUACCAAGGCUUCACAAAAGCAAAUGGUGUUGUGCCUGUUGUGAAGGAGCUGAUGGGUGAGGAGAUCCUUGGGGCUGCACUUUCUGCCCCUCUAACAUCCUACAAAGUCAUCUAUGCUCUCCCUAUGUUGACUAUUAAAGAAGAUAAAGGCACUGGAGUGGUCACAAGUGUCCCGUCGGAUUCCCCAGAUGACAUUGCAGCCCUGAGAGACUUAAAGAAAAAACAGGCAUUUCGAGGGAAGUAUGGCAUCAAAGAUGAAAUGGUUCUGCCAUUUGAACCAGUGCCCAUCCUUGAGAUCCCUGGCUAUGGCAACCUAUCUGCUCCAUUGAUCUGUGAUGAACUGAAAAUCCAGAGUCAAAAUGACAGAGAAAAACUUGCAGAAGCCAAGGAGAGAUUAUACCUGAAAGGAUUUUAUGAAGGAAUCAUGCUUGUAGAGGGAUUCCAAGGGCAGAAGGUCCAGGAUGUCAAGAAGCUGAUUCAGAAGAAGAUGGUAGAUAAUGGUGAAGCACUUAUUUAUAUGGAGCCAGAGAAACAAGUCAUCUCUAGAUCUGCAGAUGAAUGUGUGGUGGCUCUUUGUGACCAGUGGUACUUGGACUAUGGUGAAGAAAACUGGAAGCAGCAAACAUACGAAUGUUUGAAAAACCUUGAGACAUUUUGUGAAGAAACAAGAAGAAAUUUUGAAGCUACUCUGGAUUGGUUGCAGGCACAUGCCUGUUCUAGAACGUAUGGAUUAGGUACACGUUUGCCUUGGGAUGAACAGUGGCUGAUUGAAUCUCUCUCCGAUUCCACUAUCUACAUGGCCUUCUAUACGGUUGCUCAUUUUCUACAGCAGGGUAAUCUCCAUGGACAAGAACAAUCUCCAUUAGGGAUCAGGGCAGAUCAGAUGUCCAAAGAAGUGUGGGACUAUAUCUUCUUCAAGACAGCACCAUUCCCUGCAACAAAAAUCCCAAAGGAAACUUUGGAUAAACUGAAGCAGGAGUUUGAAUUUUGGUAUCCAGUGGAUCUACGUGCUUCCGGCAAGGAUCUUGUUCCUAAUCAUUUGUCAUACUUCCUUUAUAAUCACGUCGCCAUGUGGCCAGAUCAAAGAGAAAAAUGGCCAGUGUCUGUGAGAGCAAAUGGGCAUCUCCUCCUAAAUUCAGAGAAGAUGUCUAAAUCUACAGGCAACUUUCUCACUCUGCAUGAAGCUGUGGAGAAGUUUUCUGCUGAUGGCAUGCGGCUGGCAUUGGCUGAUGCAGGUGAUACUGUUGAAGAUGCAAACUUUGUGGAAGCCAUGGCAGAUGCUGGCAUCCUCCGUCUGUACAACUGGGUGGAGUGGGUGAAGGAAAUGCUUGCUAACUGGGACAGUUUAAGAAGUGGGCCUGCCACCACCUUCAAUGACAGAGUUUUUGCCAGUGAAAUGAACGCAGGCAUAAUGAAGACAGAUCAAAACUAUGAAAAGACGAUGUUUAAGGAAGCUCUGAAAACGGGCUUUUUUGAAUUUCAGGCAGCAAAAGACAAAUACCGUGAACUAGCUAUAGAAGGAAUGCACAGGGACUUGCUACUGCAGUUUAUCGAAUCGCAGACUCUCCUGUUAGCUCCAGUCUGCCCUCAUGUAUGCGAACAUAUUUGGGCAUUGCUGGGCAAGACUGACUCCAUCAUGAAAGCUUCCUGGCCAGUGCCUGGCCCUGUGGAUGAAGUUCUGAUUCGCUCUUCCCAGUACCUCACAGAAGUAGCCCAUGAUCUCCGUCUGCGCCUGAAAAACUACAUGGCACCAGCUAAAGGAAAGAAAGGCAAUAAAGCAGCAUCCCAGAAGCCAUCCCACUGUACUAUUUAUGUGGCCAAGAACUACCCCCCAUGGCAGCACACUACAUUGUCUGUUUUGCGCAAGCAUUAUCAGAACAAUGGAGGACAGCUACCAGACAAUAAAAUAAUUGCCAGUGAACUCAACUCCUUGCCAGAACUGAAGAAAUACAUGAAAAGGGUUAUGCCUUUUGUUGCUAUGAUUAAGGAAAAUCUGGAGAAGAAAGGGCCACGUGUUCUUGAUCUGGAGCUGGAGUUUGACGAAUGGGCUGUACUCAUGGAGAACAUAGUCUACCUGACAAAUUCCUUAGAGCUGGAACAUAUAGAACUGAAGUUUGCUUCUGAAGGAGACGAGAAAAUUAAAGAAGACUGCUGUCCUGGAAAACCAUUCUGCACAUUUCGAGUAGAACCUGGUGUGUCUGUCUUUCUGGUAAAUCCUCAACCAGCAAAUGGCCACUUUUCUACAAAAAUUGAGGUCAGACAAGGAGACAGUCGAGAUGCAAUAAUCAGACGCUUGAUGAAGAUGGACAGAGGAAUCAAAGAUAUUUCCAAAGUGAGAUUAAUGCGAUUUGAUGACCCUCUCCUGGGCCCACGCCGUGUUCCUGUGCUCGGAAAAGAAGAUGCGGAGAAGUCUCCCAUUGUAGACCAAGCUGUCUUUCACAUCGACCUUGCUGAAAAGCGGGUUCGUCUCACUGAGAAUGGGCAAACAACAGAUAUUGGGGAUACACUAGUCUAUAUAGUUAAUUAGUUUUUGCACAGAAUUGGAUUAAUCAUUGAUAAAUGUUUAAAUAACAUGAAUGACUUUCAAGCUAUCUAGUGGAUCACAGCAAACUUAAUUUCUUGGGGUUUUUUUUGGGGGGGGGAGGGACUUAAA